AUGUCGGCGCCACUUCAGUCACCACCGCAGCAGCAGCAGCAGCAGCAGCAGGAACAGCAGGAAGGUCAGAUGCAGCCUGGCCAACCUGGUCAGCAACAGAUGAACAUCAACCUGAUGCCCGCCGGAGUCAAGCCUGGCGAGCAGCCCACUCCUGAGCAAAUCCAAAACAUGCAGCGCCAACUGGUCAUCGAGGCGCAAAAGGCAGGCAUGCCAGUGCCGCAAUACAUCGAACAACUGAAGGCCCAGGCCAUGCGCCAGCACAUGCAGCAACAGCAAAUGCGUCAACAACAGAUGCAACAACAACAGCAAAUGCAGCAGCAACAGCAACAGCAGCAGCAACAGCCCAUUACACCUGGCCCUCCCAAGCCCGAGGCCAUCGCCGUCGCCAACUUCCUCCAGAGUCAGGACCUCAAGGUUCGCACUUGCGUCUUCCAGGAGAAGCGCAAGGAGAUGUUCAAGGUCAAGCGUGCGAUUCGCGCUCUCGAGUCUCCCGCCUACGAAAAGGCUCGCUCAAAGAACCCUCUCCUUCCUCCCGUCACCGAUCGUGCCAGUGCCGAGAACACAUUCAAGCUGCUCCCGCUUUCUCUCCUCGCCCUCCGCGUGUCCAAGAUCGAACAGCCAGCAGAGCAGCAAAAGAAGAAGCGCGUCAAGGGUCUAUGGAACGUCAAGGUUGAACAGCAGCAAGAGGCGCGGGACGAGUUCCACUACGUCUGGCUGUACGAGGGUUCUCAGUGGAAGACCAAGCUGUACGCUGUCGGCGCACUCGCCUUGAUCCUGGCCGUCGUCUUCUUUCCCAUCUGGCCCUACAAGUUGCGCAUCGGAGUGUGGUAUCUAUCUAUGGCCUGUCUGGGUCUGUUGGGUCUUUUCUUCGCCAUGGCCAUCUUCCGACUGAUUCUCUUCCUCGUCACCAUGUUCACCGUACCUCCUGGUCUUUGGCUUUACCCCAACCUCUUCGAAGACGUCGGGUUCUUUGAUUCGUUCCGCCCACUGUGGGGCUGGCAAGAGACUGCAGACGACAAGAAGAUGAAGAAGGAUCUAAAGAAGGCAAAGAGAGAGGCUAAGCGCCUCGCGAAAGCCGGAGGUGAGAAGCUCGCUGACAUUGGUGAGAGAGUGCAGGAAAUCAUGGAUGAUGGACACGGACACGGACACGGACACGAGGGACAUGUGCACAAGGAAGACAUCUCUGCUCCCAUCAUGCAGUCUGCUGAGGGCACGAGUGCUUCGGGAGCGCAAGCCACAGAGGGUCAAGCCAAGCAGCGCAUCAUGCCUGCUAGUGUCGAGGAGGUCGACAACGAGUAG